CCCCCACGCAUCACGCGGCGGCGGCGGCGGCGACGGCGACGUGGGGACGAUGUGGGCCUGCGGCGCGUGGCGCGGGGCGCUCUCCGGGGCCGCCGGCGGCCGCCGCGCGCACUCCGCGCUGGCCCAGCUGCGCGGGAUCCUGGAGGGGGAGCUGGAGGGGAUUCGCGGGGCCGGCACCUGGAAGAGCGAGCGGGUCAUCACCUCGCGGCAGGGUCCGCACAUCCACGUGGACGGCGUCUCCGGAGGGAUCCUCAACUUCUGUGCCAACAACUACCUGGGCCUGAGCAGCCACCCUGAGGUGAUCCAGGCCGGCCUGCAGGCUCUGCAGGAGUUUGGAGCCGGCCUGAGCUCCGUGCGCUUCAUCUGUGGGACACAGAGCAUCCACAAGAACCUGGAAGCAAAGCUAGCCCGCUUCCACCAGCGGGAAGACGCCAUCCUCUACCCCAGCUGCUUUGAUGCCAACGCCGGCCUCUUCGAGGCACUGCUGACCCCUGAGGACGCGGUCCUGUCGGACGAGCUGAACCAUGCCUCCAUCAUCGAUGGCAUCCGCCUGUGCAAGGCCCACAAGUACCGCUAUCGCCACCUGGACAUGGCCGACCUGGAGGCCAAACUGCAGGAGGCCCAG